AUGGCUUCAGCAACAAGACAGACAUACGGUCAGCGCGCCGAAAAGCAUACAAACGCCGCGGCGAGGGCGCUCCUCGAGACCAUUGAGCGCAAGCGUACCAAUCUCUGUGUCAGUGUGGACGUGACGAAGAAGGCGGACUUCUUGAGGAUCAUCGACACUGUUGGUCCCUACAUAUGUCUCGUAAAGACUCAUGUUGACGUCAUCGAGGACUUCGAUGCUGGCCUCAUCGAGUCGCUGAAGGAACUCAGCGUGAAGCAUGACUUCCAGAUCUUCGAGGACAGGAAGUUCGCUGAUAUUGGAAACACUGUCGCGCUCCAGUACUCCUCGGGCGUUUACAAGAUCGCUUCCUGGUCGCACAUCACCAACGCGCAUCCCGUCCCGGGACCCUCCAUCAUCUCCGGUCUGGCCUCUGUCGGUCUCCCGCUUCAACGCGGUCUCCUGCUCCUCGCCGAGAUGAGCACCAAAGGCAGCCUGGCGGUCGGCACCUACACCGACGAAGCCGUGCGUAUGGCUCGCGCAAACCGCGAGUUCGUCAUUGGCUUCAUUGCGCAGCGGCGCAUGGACGGGCUCGGCCUCCGUGAAGGCGAAGCUAUGUCUCAGGAUGAGGAUUUCCUGAUCUUGACGCCGGGGGUGGGGCUGGACGUCAAGGGCGAUGGGAUGGGACAGCAGUACCGGACUCCCAGGGAGGUCGUGCUCCAGGACGGCUGCGAUGUGAUCAUCGUCGGCCGGGGCGUGUACGGGAAGGACAACGGCGCGAACGCAGAAGCGGUACGAGCCCAGGCGGAACGCUAUCGUGCUGAAGGAUGGAAGGCGUACCAGGAGCGGGUCGGGAUAUCAGAGUAG